AUGUUCCGUGCCGGGCGAGGACUACGAACCCUAAGAUGUAACCAGCUAUUCCGACCAACGCUCCUCCAGCGCACCCGGCUCACCUCAUCAACACCGCCCCCGCCAAAAGCCUCCAAUGCAUACCCCCGACCCACCCGCUCCCAAAUCCUCCUCGACCGCUACGCCCGCCGAUCCACCACCGUGGUCUACAUACUCCUCGGCAUCCUCCUCACCGGCCACAUCCUCGCGACCUACGUCGUCGAAGUCGGCUGGUGCUACGGCAUCUCCAUGCUGCCCUCCUUCGCCAGCUACGGCGACGUCGUCUUCAUCUCCAAAUACCACCGGCGCGGGCGGGACAUUCACGUCGGCGACAUCGUCUCCUACGCCCAUCCUAUCGAGGAAGGCGAGCGCGCGAUCAAGAGGGUUCUGGGGAUGCCGGGGGAUUUUGUGUUGCGGGAUACGCCGGGGAAGGGGAAGGGGGUCAUGCUGCAGGUGCCCAAGGGGCAUUGCUGGCUGGGUGGGGAGAAUUUGACUUGGUCGCGGGACUCGAGGUUGUUUGGGCCGGUGCCGUUGGCGUUGAUUAAGGGGAGGGUGACGCAUCGGGUGCCGUUUGGGAGUUGGCCGGUGAGGUUGGAGAGGGGGUUGACGAGAGCGGAUGUCGAGGAGGAUGGGGUGGACUGA